UCCUUUCUUCAGUAAACGCUCAACAUAAACUCCCUGACUCAAUCUUUCAGUCGCCAGCUCCAAUAUGGCCACCGUUCAAGCUCUUUCGUUCUCUUUCUCCACCUCUCAACAGAUAAACUACUCCGUCCUCCAGCCAAAUCAAAGCCCUCGACGCCGCAGUUAUACACCUUCAAGUCACCGAAGCUGCCGAAAUUUCCUGCUUUCCUGUUGCUUCGCCAUUAGCCAAAGCGAUCAAGACGCAUCGGCCAUCUCAUCUCCUUCAUUCAAUACUGUCGCUUCUUCCAUCCGCUUUGUCUUCACAGGAGGGGGCUCCGGCGGUCACAUCUACCCAGCCAUCGCCAUUGCCGACGAGCUGCGGAGCCUCUGCCCUGACGCGAAGUUCCUCUUCCUCGGAACCUCUGCAGGUUUAGAGAGCAACAUUGUCCCUUCCGCCGGCUAUGAUUUCACCGCCAUCCCAGCCUCCCGCCUCUCACGCCCCUUUCCCUCGCCUGAGAAUCUUCUCUUCCCUUUCCACGUCAUCCACGCAAUCGCCGCCGCCUGGCAAAUCCUCCGCCGCUUCCGCACUGAUGUUGUAAUCGGUACAGGCGGAUACGUUGCCGCGCCAGUCUACCUCGCCGCUGUGCUAUCUGGCACGAAGAUCGCGAUUCAGGAACAGAAUGCCUUUCCGGGGAUCGCCAAUAAGAUAGCCUCUCCCUUCGCCUCGAAGGUCUUCCUUGCUUUCAAUGAGUGUUUGAAGCAUUUUCCCAAUGAGAAAUGCUCAGUUUUUGGGAAUCCUGUGAGGCUUUCGUUGAGAAGCUAUGUGUCGAAAGCAGUGGCGAGGACGCAUUUCUUCCCUAAUGCUGUGAAGCUUAUGGAGGAGAAAGCUCAGGUGGUACUCGUGCUUGGCGGAUCACAAGGAGCGAAUCCCAUCAAUGUAGCUGUUCUUAAUAUGUAUUAUGAUAUGCUUUUGAAGCAUAGAAACAGAUUCAUAAUAUGGCAAACAGGGAAGGAUGGAUUUAAUGAGAUGGAGAGCUUGGUCAAGAAUCACCGCCGGUUGCUUCUGACCCCUUUUCUGCAGGCUAUGGAUCUAGCUUAUGCAGCAGCCGAUCUUGUUGUCUCUCGUGCUGGAGCAAUGACUUGCACAGAGAUCUUGACUACGGGGAAACCGUCUAUUCUGAUACCUUCGCCAUAUGUUGCAGAAGAUCACCAAACUAAAAAUGCUCUUAUAAUGUCCGAUGUAGCUGGAUCAAAGAUUUUAACUGAAGAUGAACUUGACUCUAGCAGCCUUGCAACUACAAUUGAUGCGGUUUUAGGGGAUGAGGAUUUAAUGGAAGAGAUGUCUGAAAAGGCACUAAAAUCUGCGCUUCCCAAUGCUGCUAUUGAUAUUGCUCAAAGCAUCCUCUACCUAGUUAAAGUAUCCUUCCAAAAGUGAAGUUUUGCUGAAAAUGAUGUAUUCAGUUUUUUUGAGAUUUCCAUUUACUUGUUUUAUUUCAUUCUUUUUCGCUUUGGGUGCUUUAUAGCAAAUUUAGCGUUUUUUCCGAGAAAUUAGCUGAUUUUGAAUAGGUUCAUUAUAACAUUAUUUUGUCUUUGCAUCAUUCAUUAGUUCCAGCGAGACUAGUUGUUUGUUUUCAUUUGCUUCUUUAUAUUAUGUCUGAACCUACCCUUCAUGGUAGCUUUGUUGCUCUUUUAGUCCUAAACUGUGGAGUAAAUGAAGAAAAAAAAAA